GCUGUAACCUCUCAGCACUCACAAGGGAGCAGAGGCACCUCCACCAUGUCUGGAAAGAGCUGUUCUAGGAAAUGCCCCUCUGUGCCAGCCAUCUCUCUCUGCUCCACUGGGUUGAGCUGUGGAGGGCCUGUCUGCUUGCCCAGUUCCUGCCGGAGCCAGACGUGGCAGCUGGUGACUUGUCAAGAUAGCUGCGGAUCAUCUAGCUGUGGCUCUCAAGGCUGUCUCGUGAGCAGCUGUGCCCAACCUGUGUGCCUUGAGGCCACCAUCUGUGAGCCCUCCUGUCCUGUGAGCAGCUGUGCCCAACCUGUGUGCUACGAGGCCACCAUCUGUGAGCCCUCCUGUCCUGUGAGCAGCUGUGCCCAACCUGUGUGCUACGAGGCCACCAUCUGUGAGCCCUCCUGUCCUGUGAGCAGCUGUGCCCAACCUGUGUGCUACGAGGCCACCAUCUGUGAGCCCUCCUGUCCUGUGAGCAGCUGUGCCCAACCUGUGUGCUACGAGGCCACCAUCUGUGAGCCCUCCUGUCCUGUGAGCAGCUGUGCCCAAUCUGUGUGCUGCGAGGCCACCAUCUGUGAGCCUUCCUGUCCUGUGAGCAGCUGUGCCCAACCUGUGUGCUAUGAGACCAACAUCUGUGAGCCCUCCUGCCCUGUGAGCAGCUGUGCCCAACCUGUGUGCUGUGAGGCCACCAUCUGUGAGCCCUCCUGCUCCGUGAGCAGCUGUGCUCAACCUGUGUGCUGCGAGGCCACCAUCUGUGAGCCCUCCUGCUCCGUGAGCAGCUGUGCUCAACCUGUGUCCUGCGAGGCCACCGUCUGUGAACCCUCCUGCUCCGUGAGCAGCUGUGCCCAACCUGUGUCCUGCGAGGCCACCAUCUGUGAACCCUCCUGUUCCGUGAGCAGUUGCUGUCAACCUGUGUGUUGUGAGGCCCCUUCCUGCCAACCGGUCCUCUGUGUACCCACUCCCUGCCAGCCCAUCGUGUGCAAACCCAGCCGCUGUGAGCCCACUUGCUGUCAGCCGGUGUGCCCCACCCCUAGCUGCUGUCCCUCUGUCUGCUCUGUGGCCAAUAGGUGCCAGGCUGUCUGCUGUGACCCCAGUCCUUGUGAACCAUCUUGCUCGGAGGCCAGCAUCUGCCAGCCGGCUACCUGUGUGGCUCUGGUCUGUAAGCCUGUCUGCCUCCGCCCUGUAUGCUGUGUUCCAAGCCCUUGUGAGCCACCUUGUGUCUCCAGCACUUGCCAAGAGCCCUCUUGUUGCGUCUCCAGCAUCUGCCAACCCAUCUGCUCUGAGCCCAGCCCCUGCUCAUCAAGUCUCUGUGUGCCCAGUCCAUGUCAACCUACCUGCUACGUAGUCAAGCGCUGUCAAUCCAUCUGCUGUGAGCCCGUUUCCUGCCCAUCUACUUCCUGCCAACCUCUCUGCUGUCGCCCAGGGUCUUCUGCAUCUGCCGUCUGCCAACCAACUUGCCCUCGGACUUUCUACAUACCCAGCUCCAGCAAACAGCCAUGCACUACUUCAGUUUCCUACCGUCCAAUUUGCCGCCCAAUCUGCUCUGGACCCAUCACCUAUAGGCAUCCAUAUGUGACAUCUAUUUCCUACCGCCCUGCCUGCUACCGCCCAUGUUACUCCAUCCUGCGCCGCCCGGCCUGUGUCACUUCUGUCUCUUACCGCCCAGUCUGCUCCCGCCUGCCUUGUGCUGACUCCUGUAAACGGGAUUGCAAAAACUCCACUUCCAGCCAACCGGAUUGUGCUGACUCAACAUCCUGCAAAGGAGAGGUCUCAGAGGAGAGUCCCUACCAGCCCACCGAGGCCAAACCCACCAGCCCAACCACCCGUGAGGCUGCAGCCAGCCAGCCUGCUGCCACCAGGCCUGCCAACUGAGGAACUGGUCUCAGCUCACCAAUUUUUGCAAAGCAAGUCACCUGCCAGAGAGAAAACUUGAUUACCUUCCCCAAUUCUAUGACUUAGGUAGAAUCUUUUUAUUUCUGCACCGUCACUCGCCAUUUGCUUACGCUUCAAAGAACUCAUCAGAAAUGGCAGUACCCUAAUGGUCCAAACGAAGACCUCCUGGGCACUGAGGGGGGGACGCUCUGGUUCCCGUCUGCUGCUGCCAUCAAGCUGAGAAGAGCUACUUCACCACAUCAUCCUACAUGUCUGUCCUGCUAUAAAUUUGUUUCUGUCCUCAUGCGUGUCCUCUUGCUGGAUGGGCUCCCGUUUCUUGGGCAUGUCCUCUUCAAUGUAAUAAAGAUAUUUAACUGUCCAAUAAACCUGGCUAAGUUGAAAUGA